GUACUACGCAGUGCUCUACCCGAUGAUCUACCCCAUGAAGAUCACAGGAAACCGGGCGGUGGUGGUGAUCGCGUACGUGUGGCUUCACUCUCUGGUGGGCUGUCUGCCUCCUCUGUUCGGCUGGUCCUCCUUCGAGUUCGACUGCUUCAAGUGGACCUGUGUGGCGUCCUGGCACAGGGAGCCCAGCUACACGGCCUUCUGGGUCACGUGGUGCAUCCUCCCGCCCCUGUUGGUCAUGCUGGCCUGUUACGGUGUCAUUUUCCGCGUGGCCCGCAUGAAAGCCCGCAAAGUCCACUGUGGCACCGUCGUCGUCGCUCACGAAGACUCCAACGGAGCUCAGAAAAACGGACGCAAGAACUCGAGCACGUCCACGUCGUCUAACGGAAGCCGGCGGAGUCUCGUGUACGCGGGCAGCCAGUGCAAGGCCUUCGUCACCAUCUUGGUGGUGAUCGGCACCUUCCUGGUGACGUGGGGGCCGUACGUUUGCGUGGUGUGCAGCGAGGCUCUGUGGGGACAGGGCAGCGUCUCUCAGGGGCUGGAGACUCUGGUGGCGUGGCUGUCCUUCUGCAGCGCCGCGUGCCACCCGCUCAUCUACGGCCUGUGGAACAAGACGGUGAGGAAGGAGCUGCUGGGGAUGUGCUUUGGCGACCGCUACUACAGAGAGUCGUUUGCGACGCGGCACAGGACGUCCCGGCUCUUCAGCAUCUCCAACAGAAUCACAGACUUGGGCAUGUCCCCUCACCUGACUGCCAUGCUGGCAGGAGGAGGACAUCUGUUGGCUCCUGGGAGCAGCACAGGAGACACUGGCUUCAGUUUCACCCAGGACUCGUGCACAGACGUGAUGCUGCUGGAUAACUUCUCCACCGACGGCUCCUCCCACGCACAGCAGCACGGGAAUCCGUCCACGAAGAGGAGGAGCUCGGUCACCUUUGAAGACCAGGUGGAGCAUUCCAAAGCUGAAAACACAUCCUCAGUCCAAGUCCACGCAGAGGUUCACAAAUCUUUAGACAUUUUCGCCGCCGGCCUGGCGAAGGCGAUAGAGAAAGACGCCAAACUCUCCCUUUUCGGGGAGGACGUGGCUCUGCCGGGGACACUGUUCCUGACGAGGGCGUCCACGAGACCCAGAUACUUGGACGGUCAGAGGCUGAGGCUGGAGAGCAUCGACGAGGGCAUCGUCAAGGACGACCGGGAGGAAGAGGAGCGCGAGGCGGAGGAGAAACCGGCCUGAGCGCGGCUCGUCCGGUAGACCCGUCGGACUCGCUCGCACUGUGCUGGGUUUAUUAUUAGUGAACUGUUUUACUCGCGACUUUCCCAGAGCAAAGUCUGUCCUGCUCUGUGGUACAGAUCAUGAAGUCCCGCUCCAAAUGGAUAACGCAAUACUUGAAGUUAUUAGGAAACACACGGAGGUACAGUAUUCAUUCCAAGUGUUUUUUGUACGCGUUCAUGUAAUCGAAUAAGAAUUCUUUAACUACUGUAACUUAUAUUUCCUGAUUGUAGUAAAUUCUUUACUACUAUGCGUUGUUGUUAUUGUACGUCGUGAGAAUAAGGAACACGUGCGUCGUUAGGGCUAGGCGGAAUGAAAGAUUACAGUCACGUCUGUAUCUACCAAAAGAAACCGACACAGCCUUGAACUCUACAGCGGAGCGCCCCCUACAGUUUCCUGUCAACAUCCAUCCGUCGUCUACCGCUUUAUCCUCACCGUGGUUACCCGAGCCUUUGCUCGACCUCCUGAUUCUGAGGACUCCGGGGUUGUCGGCCCUGAUCUUCCGCGGCUGGUUUUCCGUUAACAGACAGUAGGGGGCAGUGUAGACGGCCUCCAGGACAUUUAACCGUCACACUGGCUCCGAAGUAAACAUCCCACGUAGUUCCUCCUUGCUCGCAUUUUAUUUCAUGCUCUUGCAAUACUGUAAAUACUUACAGGCUGAACAGAGUAAUUAGCUGGACCUUGUCGUUGACCGAUUUUUACUGAACAUAAUGAUAAUAUUAAGUGAUUUCUUUGGGGUGAUGAAAUAUAGCCAGUAUCAACAAAGCAUUCCUCUUUCUGCACUUGUCUUACAACAUUUGUCAGGCUGCGAACCUGAAUCUACGGAGCCCCGGAUAUGACAGGGUAAAAAAAUUCAAUAAAUUAUGCUCACGAAAUAAGUCUAACGUGCGCACGUUAUAUUUAUUUUGUGGCCACAAAGUAGGUGUAAUGUGUGCAGGAAAUAAUAAUAAUAAUAAUAUUAACAUUCCUUGACACCUGGGUAAGCAAAUCAAGCAGUGUUGUGUUGUUAUUGUCGUACCUGUGCCGGUAAAGAAAACUGCCUCUCAAUGUUCUGUUUAAAUGCCAAUGACAGGCUUUUCAGAAUGUCUCUGUAGCUCAAUCCCAGCAUAAAAUCAAACUCUAUC